AAUUAGUCUUGAGUUAAUUUUGAAUGUGUCCUUUGUUUGUGUAGAUGGAGAAGAUGGGAGAAUGGGAGCAAAGGAGUUUGAUAAAUGAGUUAACCCAAGGAAGAGAGGUAGCUAGGCAACUCCAAGCCUAUCUCAAUGCGCCUUCUUCUUCUCACGAAACUCGUGAAUUACUACUGUUAAGGAUCCAAGCCUCGUACGAGAAGGCACUUUCAAUGCUAAGCUGCAAUGCCUCUUUGUCAACAGAUCAGCUACCACAGUCGUCGGAACUAACCAUCGGAAUGUUGGAGUCGCCGCCUUCUCAUAGUGUAAGUCCCCGGAGGGAAGACUCCGACCAUGAUUUCAAGGAGGAGGACAAGAAAAGAAAAACUCUGCCGAGAUGGACGCAGCAAGUCCGAGUGACACCAGGUGCAGCCCUGGAGGGACCUCUUGACGAUGGCUUCGGUUGGAGGAAAUAUGGACAAAAAGACAUUCUGGGAGCAAAAUAUCCAAGAGGCUAUUACAGGUGUACACGUCGAAAUGUACAAGGUUGUUUGGCAAGAAAACAAGUACAAAGAUCAGAUGAAGACCCAACAAUCUUUGAGAUUACUUAUCGAGGAACCCACAAUUGUAAUCUAGCAUCCCAUGUGAACCAUCUCUCGGGAAUCUCAGAAACUCAAGAACAAGUAACUAGCAACCCACAAAGGUCGUCUUCAUCAAUGGCGGCGCCCGAUAUGAAGGUUGAAGACAACCUUGUCUUUUCACUUCCUGUGAUGGGUAACAUUAACUUCGCUGAAAAUGUUUUGUCUUCGUUUAUAUCUCCUACUGCAACAUCCAUGAUGAACGGUGAUAAUUUGUUGGGAAAUUUUCCAAAUUCUGAGACUCAGACGCUCACCGGCGUUUACCAAGCCGUGACUUCAUCAACGAAUUCUCCCACUGUUGGCUUGGACUUGCCAUUUGGUAGUGACGAUCAGUUCCACCCCAACUUUGCAUUUGACAACAAUGGUUAUUUUUCUUAAUCA